AUGAUCUACUCAUAUUUUAUGAUCAUUUUCAUCUACUUAGAUGCAUUAUUCGAAUCAAUUGCACUCGUCAGUAAUUACAACGAUUUUCAACAAUUUGUUGACAAUUCAAUAAUUCUUGUAACAAUGAUUGGAAUAUGUGGAAAAAUGUUUAAUGUAAUUAUAAAAUCUAAAGAAAUUAUUCAAGUCAUAAAUAUCCUCAAUUCCUAUCUAUGCUGCUGUCAAGAUAGUGAGGAAAAAAAAAUUCAGGAUAAGUUUGAUAAGAUGAUCAAUUACAGAACAUUGGCGUUUUUAGUUGUAACAGAAUCAGCUGUGAUAUUAACAGUCAGCGUAUCUGUGAUGCGUGACACGCCAAAUCGAAUUAUGUUUUUCAAUACAUGGCUUCCAUUUGAUGCAUCAACAUUUUUUGGAUACUGGAUUGCUUAUACCCAUCAAGUUUUAGCUCAUUUUUUUAGUGCACUGGCAAAUGUGGCUUACGAUACUUUAAUACCUGGUUUAAUGCUUAAAAUUUGUGCUCAACUGAGUAUUCUUGAGUAUCGAUUAAAAUUGUUGGCCAAAAAUAAUUAUUCUUCAGAGUCAUUGAAUAAUAUUAAGCAGAGAGAAAUUAAUGCUGUUUCAAAAUGUGUCAAACAUCAUCUAAAAAUAUUUCAAUUGGCUGAGAAAACGAACCAAGUUUUUAGUACCAUUAUGUUUGUGCAAUUUUCCAUAAGUACUUUUGUGAUAUGUGUAACAAUUUACAGAUUAUCACAAGUGGAAAUAAGUGAUCCAGAAUUUGCUUCAAUGGCAAGUUACUUUAUGUGCCUGCUCUCACAAAUUUUUGGUACUUGUCUCGCAAGUACCGAGUGCAGUAUAAAGAGUUUUGAUAUAGCGAUGGCAGUUUAUCAAACCGAUUGGUAUAACUUGACUACUGCUACUCAAAAAAGUUUGUUAUUGAUAAUGACGCGAAGUUCUCGACCAUUACGGUUUAAUGCUGGAUACUUUAUUGAUAUAUCCCUUAAUUCAUUCAAUCAACUGAUCAAACUUUCCUACUCAGCUUACAACGUUCUGAAAUAA